AUGUAAAAAAAAUAAGACUUUUAAAAAAGAUAAGAGUUACAAAAGCAAAAGGAAUAAAAAAAUAGAAAAAAAUUAAAGCUCCGUUAUUAAGAUGUAGAAAAGCUUCAAUUAAGAUUAAAAGAAGAAACUCCAUAAUCAGGAGAUUAUCUUUAUGAUUAUAAAUUAGUGGAUGCUUAAAAAGAAAAGGAGAAAUUAUAGCCAUAAGAAUUUAGAAAAAAAUACAAAAUAAAUUUCAGUGAUUUACCUAUAUCCUAAAACACAAUUUUAGGAUUAUAAAAGCGUAAAUUUAUAAAGAUGACAGAAAUAUAGCGUUGUACUAUUCCUCAUUUAUUGGCUGGUCGAGAUUUAGUUGGAGCUUCAAAAACAGGAAGUGGAAAAACCUUAUCUUAUAUAAUUCCUAUAUUAGAACGUUUAUACUUAUAAAAAUGGAAUCCAUAUGAUGGUUUAGGGGCAAUAAUAAUAUUACCAACUCGUGAAUUAGCAACUUAAGUAUUUGAAGUGUACAAUUCGAUAAGUGAAAAUCACAUUUUAUCAGUAGGACUUAUAAUAGGAGGUAAAAAUUUAAAAUACGAGAAAGAUAAUAUAAAAGGAAUGAAUGUGUUAAUAUGUACUCCUGGCCGUUUACUUUAACAUAUGGACGAAACUGCUGAUUUUGAUUGCUCAAAUGUAUAAAUAUUAGUAAUUGAUGAAGCUGAUAUGAUUUUAGAAUUAGGAUUUUAAGAAUCUUUGAAUUAAAUUUUAUUUAAUCUAUAAAAUUCAAAAAAUAAAUAAACUAUUUUAUUCUCAGCUACUCUGAGUAAAAGUAUUCAUGAAAUAAGCAAGUUUUCCCUUUAAAAUCCUGAACAUGUAUUCCUUCAUGAUGUUAGGGCUGCUUAAAAUUAAAACACUGAUUUAAAAGAUAUAUUUGAAGCUCCGAUAAAAUUAAAUUAGUUUUAUAUGGAAUGUCCUGCUGAAUAAAAAAUCAAUAUACUCUUUUCGUUUCUUAAAAGUCAUAAAAAAAACAAAAUUUGCAUUUUUAUGUCCACUUGCAAAUAAGUUAGAUUCAUUUAUGAAAGCAUGAGGAAAAUGCAUUUAGGACCUCCUGUUUUUGAAUUACAUGGUCGUUAAAAAUAAUCUAAAAGAAUGGCAAUAUUUUUCACUUUUGCAGAAAAGAAAUAUGCGGUUUUAUUUACAACUAAUAUAGCUGCUAGAGGUUUAGAUUUUCCUUGUGUAGAUUGGAUUAUAUAAUUUGAUUGUCCAGAAGAUUAAGUUACUUAUAUGCAUAGGGUAGGACGUACAGCAAGAUAUAAAUCAGGAGGUAAUUCACUUUUACUUGCUUUGCCGAGUGAAAUGAAAUUUGUAGAAAGACUUAAAGAAAAAGGCUAAUAAAUAAAAAAAUUGUCAGUAAAUCCUGAUAAAUAGAUUAGUUUUACGAAUACUCUUUAAUCUUAUUUAGUGGAAAAUAUUUAAUUAAAAUAUUUAGCUUAAAGGGCUUUUGUUUCUUAUAUGAGAAGUGUUUAUUUAGCAUAGGAUAAAAAAGUGUUUGAUAUUAGUAAAAUCGAUGGAAAAUUAUUAGCUGAAAGUUUUGGGUUAAUUUAAGCUCCGGUUAUCAUUAUUAAAUAAAAAAAUAAUAAUAAUGAAGAUGAUGAAGAUGUAUAAGAAGAAGAUGAAGAAAUUUUGGAAAAAAAAAGAAAGUUAGAAGCUUUAAAAGAGAAAAUAUAAAAAUUAAAAUAAAAAUAAAAUAAUAAUGAUUUUAAUGAAAUGGAAGAAUAAAAUUAAGAAAAAAAAAAAUUAAAAGAUACAAAACAUAAAAAAUUAUAAGGAAGAGUAAAUAAUGAUAUUUUAUCAAAGGCUUUUUAAAAAUAAAUUAUUGGAAAAGACGAGAAGGAAGAAGAAUUUUUAAAACCAAAAAAAAGCAAAAAAAACUUGAUAAUUUAAGAUAAAGAAAUUGAAAAUAUUAUAAAAAAAUAAGAGUAUCAUGUUUCGAAAAAUUAAUUGAAAAAAAUUAAACCGGAUGGACAUUUUGGAGGUAAAAAUAUAGUAUAUUUUGAUGAUGAUGGAUAAAAAUAUACUUCUGAAGAUUUGAGAAUUUAAUAAUAUAAAUUAAAUGAAGAAAUCAUUUUGAAAAAUAAUGAAAAUUUGACACAAAAGUAUAUGCUUAAACUUGAUGAAAAUAAAGAACUUGAUAGAAAGAAUGAACUUUAGAGAAGAAAGGAAAAAAGGGAUAAAAAAAAAAUGAAAGAAAUCGAAAAACAUCUUUAAUAAAAUUAGGAUAGUUAAUAAGAUUUAAAUCAAGAUGAAGAUUAAUUUACAGAAUAAAAUGAACACUAUGAUGAGGAAAAUGAUUAUGAUGAAGAUUAAGAAAAUAGUUAAUUUGAUGAAGAAUAAGAUGAUUAUUAAUAAGAAGAAAAUUCAUGUGAAGAAGAGAUUGUUUAGAAAAAAAUAAAAAAAAGAAAACAUAACUGA